AUGGUCGCAAUCACGCUUUCAGGGCUAAGGUCCCUGUUAAUCUUCUUUGGCCCGAUGCUUCUGCCAAAGGCCAUCCAACUGUGCAGAUCCAUCCGUGCCUCUCCUCGCAACCCUCAUGGUCGCGUCCGUCCCAUACCCCCGGCCGUCGCCGCUUCGCUCAACCUGCUAUACGCCUUUGCCAUACUCGCCUUCGCCGCUUCCCUGCCGUACUUUGCUCCCGAGAACGUCUUUCAAGCAACCUCCUCCCGCUUGCAGAUUCCCACCGACACGCUCUUUGUCCGUCUGGGCAAGCUCCGUCCGCUGAGCGCCGUUGAUGAGGCGCUCAGGUCCAAGUUUGUCAACAUCGAGUCCAGACUGUUGUACUUGGCGUAUGGCCCGUCUGUGCUGGCCACCUGUCCCUUCUGCACUUCGGACGAGCCCUCGAGCUACUUCUACUAUGCGUUGCCCUCCAUCAUCGCACCCCAUCUCCUCCAUCUUGUUGUGCUCGGUCUUGUCACGUCUUCCGUGAUCUCGGGUUCUGAGGGUGCACGAUGGAGGACUUGGGCUGCGAGUCUCGGUGUGGUUCUUACAGCGCUCGAGGUGUGGGCGGUUGGUACGUAUGACUACACGCAGAACGCGACCGCCCUACGUUUGGGCGAUCUGGAGCCAUUCUACUGGCGCAUACGGACGCUGCGCUACAUUGCAUUUGCCUUGAUGGACGGUCUGCUUGGUUAUGCUAUGUACCUGACAUCGACCAACCGUUGGCUGGUCAUACCGCCGACGAUUUCGGAGCGCAUUGAGGAGAACACGCGCAUGGUCGAAAGUCUCAAAGGCAAGCUGAGCAUGCUGGCUGCUAUGAAGAACACAGUGGCCCGGGAUAAGGGGUUGCGCGAGCGCAACUUGGCGUACUGGGUGGACGAGGGCCAGUACAUGGGCGAAAUAUUCGAGGACAGGGAAGUGGUGGACGGGAUGCAGAACGCAUUGGAAAGGGCGAACGUGGAGAUGAUAGAGAACCAAGCUGGUGGGAUGGCGGACGGCAUCGUGAGUGUCAUUGAGAAUAUGCGCAAAGGAACGGGCGUGUAG